ACAAAUGAGUGUGCAUCUUACAAAUGGAUUGUCCAAGACAAUAUAUGACCACUCUGUUUCGAAAGGGACAUAUCUACGCGUAAAACCAAUGGUAAGGUUGUAUAUUUAUUCCAUAUUUAGUCCCAGAUAAGUGACAAUAGAAUGACAUGGUAUAAUUUUAGAAACAAUCCUCUUGUUUAUUUUAGUGUUCAGUGUUUUUCACAGCUAUACUGGCAUACCUUUGGCUAUUGUUGGCUUUAUCUUGUUGCUACAACGGAAUAUUAAUUUUUAGUGGUAAAAGAAUGUUUUCAUGUAUGCCAAGAUAAACACUAUUGUCCAGUGUGUCAUGCGUGGGGCGUGUAGUUACUGAUGAGACUGCAGGGAGGGGGUGCUUUGUAAAUGGACGACCAGCGCGACAGUGGUGGCGCUGCGAAACUCCGUGUUCAGCAUAGUUGUCCUGAAUCGUCUACUAAUAAAUCUAGGACACCAAGUUUGUGUUUUCAACUCAUAAUUUGGUUGCAGGAGCGCAGAAUGUCUGAGUUGAGUAGUCUAGGCACGUUGGCAUGCCGAACCGUGGGGGCAUUGUGCGAAGGGGUUAAAUAGACUGCUCCUAGUCACUGGCCAUCAUGUGACUGUUUCUCUCACUUCCGAACAUUAGUGAACACAGUACUUGAUCAGGGUAUGUGAAUAGUUUUUUUGAAAAUGUGAAAAGCAAUUUAAGGAUGUGUUUGGUUUCUCAAGAAAGUGUCUUUGAAUACUUCAACACAAAACAUUUAUGUGGGCCAGUGAGUUUGAAAGUACAACCAAUGGCAUUUUCAAAUACAAGCUUUCAAAUAAUUAACUUGACCCAGGUCUGCCCUCUUAAGAACUCUCACUCUGUCCUUACAUCCUUUUCCCUCACCUCAGCAUGCUCACUUGAUUUUCUGUCCUUGCUCCUCUCUCUGUCACUCUCACUUGCGCUUGCUUGCUCUCUUUCAAAUUCUGGUUCAAAUGUAUUACCAUGAUGAUUAGAAAAUUAUUUUGUCAAAACAUGGUCUAACCGAACUUGAAUAGAACUAAAAACAAGUUGACAUAUUUAGAUUGAAAAGCAAUGGAGAGCACACAAAUCAGGUUUUUAUUCUGCUUUCCCAAGUGUGCCUCUCUCACUCUUUUUUUUUUUCCACUCUCACACAUUCCCUUCCUUAAAGGGCCUACACUCCUUUAGUUUUCAGUGAGUGGCAGGAUGCUUGUGUGAAAGUGUGAGACGCCUGGAUUCCGUCGGGCACCCCACCCUCCAUCCCACUCAAAGAGGGGAACAUUUUACAGUGAACACACAUUCCAUGGCUUCCUCAUGCUAAUUCCGUGCCAGGGAGGUGACCUGCAACACCACCCCACCCCCUACUCCACACAUUUCCUUCCCAUUCAUGCAAUGGCUCAGGGAGUGUGUGGGUUUGUCAGCGAGUUUUGAGUGAUGGGAACAAGUGAGUCCCUUGUACAAAUUUGAGUGUGCUAUUUUCAGGACACGGGUGCACACUUGUGUGCUGGCGAGAGGCAGUAUUUCUUUUACUUUGUCGUGGACACAGGCUGGUAGUAACUACGAGGGCUUCAGUUUAGUCAUCUGCAGUUGAGAUGGGCUGCUGUUUUAGCAAAGAGCUCAGUCCAAAUGCAGCCAGCGAGAGCACCAGUCUCCUCCAGGCUGUGAUUCCGGAAGAGUCCCUGAAGGAGACCACAAGGGAGCAAGUCCUUGCCAUUGCGGGAGCUGCCAAAGAGGCGCCUCUCCUCCAUGGAACCAAAUAUAUUGUGGCAAAUGCCACCACCUCAGCUAACCCACCAGCAAGUCACCCUGAUGGGAGCAGCUUCGGCCAUUUGCAAAACAAGACUUUAUUUUGGACCUGCCCUGCACCUGAUCACGGGACUGAGAACACCGCUAUUAAUAAACCAUUUCCAAGACACGGAACAAAUGUGGAUGUCCGCAGGGAGGAAGAUGAGAGCUACAAAGACAUUUGUCCAAACACUCAAAAAAUGGGGGGAAUAUUGUCUGACUGUAAUGAGCAAGGAGCGCCAGGAGCAUGUUCACGAGAGGGGAGCGAAGGAAAUUCAGAGAGAGAUUGUGUUGUUGUGUCAGCCCAGAAAUGUUUAGAAAAUGGCAACGCAUGUGAUGAGAACAUUCUGACUUUCAAAAGCGUUACCCAGACAGUGGAAGAGAGUCAUUUAAGAUUGAACACUCGUAUUUCUGUGGACUCCGGUUUGAGAGGAAGCCCUUUUCUGGAGAAAAGUGACUCUGAUUUGAAAGAAACCCUGGGGUUCAAUUUUGAGAAGAGAGCUCAGAGCUUCUACAGCAUAUGUUCUAUUGAUGCGGAAGACCUGGAGAGUGAGUGGGGGAUUUCUCCGAGCUCCGGACGGUCGGCUGUGACUGAGAAGGCCAUGUGUGCUGAGGGGCCAUGUGCCUCUCUAGACCGAGCAUUGAGUAGUUCAGUCUCACCUCCUGUGAGCCGAGUAGCUGUCUCAGAACAUCAGGAGCCCCUGGGAGAGGAAACGGAGAGGAAUCACCCGGGUAACGCAUGCUUAGAUGAUCUUGCCACACCAAACGUGCUCCAGACCUCACUCUGUGGUAGUGUAGCCAGAAAAUUUGUCUUGCUGGAGCAGAAUGGAGACAGUGUUGUUGUUGAUGGUGCCCUUUUAUCUGAGGACCUGGUGCAACCCACUAGCCACACAAUGGCUCCUAUUGGUGCUGCCUCAUUUUCUGAUCCUUUAGUUCCAGAUGGAAACUGUUGGGCAUGUACAGUAAAAUCUUGUAACAUGGUGGAUUCCCAGGGCAGCUGCAGCACAGCCCAGCCCUCAAACCCACUGCACGUUGUGCUUGUUGGUAACUCUGUUGGAGAAUGGCAUUCUCAGCUGGACGUACAGUAUGGUGGGUCUUCUGAGUCCAAAAUUCAGUACGAAAUCAUUGAUGGUAAAGAUUCUGAUUUUCUGAAGCCUGUGAACUAUGACCCCCCACCUGUAACUGCUGUGAGCUCUGGUAAUUGUGAAGUGCUGGCAGCUGAAGUUUUGGAAGAAAGUUGUUCCAAAUCUCCAGUUAAUGCAGUGAGUCACAGCAGUGAAAGAGAAGCUUCCGGAGUGAAUUUAGUUUCAGCUGCAUGCUCACUGUGCCAGUUGGAGCCAGACACUGACCUGAAUGUGCAUAUGUCUGUGCCGGGGGCGUAUCCAUCUCUAUCUGAAAUGUCUACUCACCUUGAAACUGCCCAGUUAACUGUUAAUGGCCUGCUGACUGGGAAACAGGAAGUGCCAGCUGUAGAGAGAAAUCGGAGAACUGCUUAUAGCCCGGGCAGUGAUUUGGCUCACCGCAAGUCAGAAUCGAAACAACUGGGCACUCUAUCCUCUGAAUUUGUGGUAGCCAAACCAAAAUCAGUAUCUAAUGAGUGUGACAAUUCAGAUGACAACUCAAAUUGUGGGCAUUUUGAAACUUGUGUUGUGAACAUGGAUAUUAGUGAGCAAUCUGGAAGUUUGUCCCCUCCUGAAGUGGCUGCUUACUCUGAAAAGGCCAUGUUUCUUACUGAUGUCCAGUUGUUGGAAUGUGUUGAUGGAAAAAUAGAAGAAAUGACUGCCUUGGCAUGCAGGCUGGAGAAUGCAGACUUUUCCAGCUGUUCAUUUAGUGGUGAGCAUAGUACAGUAACCCAGUGUAGACCAGAGUCUGCAGUUUUACCAAGUUCUCCUGUUGGUGAAGAGGGUAGUGCUUUAGUGCCAAGUAGGCCGGAGUCUGCAGGCUUUCCCAGCUCUUCUGUUAGUGAUGGGUGGAGUGCUUUAGUGCAGUCUAGCUCGGAGUCUUUGGUUUCCUCAAGUGCUCUUGUUGGUGAUGAGGUUAGUGUCUUAGCACAACACAGACCAGAAUCUACAGGCUUUCCCAGCUCUCCUGUUACCAGUGUGGAUAGUUCUUUGGUGCAGUGCAGGGCAAAAUCUACAUGCCCUCCUAGCUUUCCUGUUAGCAAUGAAGGAACUUCUUUAGCACAGUAUAGGCCAGAGUCUCCAGGCUUUCCCAGCUACACUGUUAGUGAUGAGGCAAGUGCUUUAGCACAGCAUCAGCCAGACUCUGCCGUUUCCUCAAGUUCUCCUGUUAGUAACGAGGGAAGCACUUUAAUGCCAUGUAGUCCGGAUUCUACAGGCUUUCCCAGCUCUCUUGUUACCAAUAUAGAUAGUUCUUUAGCACAGUGUAGGCCAGAGUCUACUGGCUUUCCCAGCUCCCCUGUUACCAAUGUAGAUAGUUCUUUAGCACAGUGUAGGCCAGAGUCUACUGGCUUUCCCAGCUCCCCUGUUAGUGAUGAGGGUAGGUCUUUGCUGCCAUGUAGGUUAGAGUCUGCAGGCUUUCCCAGCUCUUCUGUUAGUGAUGGGGGGAGUGCUUUAGGGCAGUGUAGCUCAGAGUCUGCAGUUAACCCAAGUGCUCCUGUUGGUGAGGAGGUUAGUUCCUUAGCACAACACAGACCAGCAUCUACAGGCUUUUCCGGCUAUCCUGUUACCAGUGUGGAUAGUGCGUUUGGACAGUGCAGGCCGGAAUCUACGUGCCCUCCUAGCUUUCCUGAUAGCAAUGUGGGCAGCACUUUAUUGCAGAGGCCAGAGUCUGCCAUUUUCUCGAGUUCACAAGUUGGUGAUGAGGGUAGUACUUUUGUGCCCCACAGGCCAGAGCCCACAGGCUUUCCCAGUUGUUCAGUUAGCCAUGAGGGUAGUGCUUUGCAGUUUAAGAACCCUGGUAACAGCCUAGGAGGCUUGACUGCUGAAGCAUGUCACCGCAUAAACUUUGAGAUGCCAAAUGAGUGCCCUGCUCUGAACGGAGAAGCCUGCGACAAAAACAAAGAUAAUUACAAAUGCAGUACUGUUUCGCAAAUUCCAGAAAAAUCUAAAAAAUGCGGUGCCGUCUUGCUUACACCUGAAAACGGAGGCAGCCAUGAUUGUGACUCCAGGAACAAAAGCAAUGCAUUUGAAAGUGUCCUACACUGGCCUGCGCCACAGCCAAUCCUGUGGCCAGACCCCAGCUUUUCAACUCGCAGUCUUGAUCUGAAUGUGGCUGUCAGCGCUGUCUCCCUGCCGUCCGCCUGGUUCAGUCAGGUGGGCCAGGGGGGCUUGGAGGUCGGGUACGAACAGUGCACGGAGAGAAUAGCAGCAGAAGCACUCCAGGAGAUACCAUCUCCACAGCUGGCAGACCGUUGGGCAGAACACAGAGAAGAACAGCAAGCAUUCGUUAUGCUCAGCUCAGUUGCAGGGACACAAGAUGAGGGUCUCUUCCGGCACUGUGACGCAGGAGACGGAGUGUGCAGUGACUUGGAGGCCACGCUGGCAUUCAGCACAGACACGUGUCAGGAUCCCCUGCCUGCUGGGAGCGACAGCAGCAGGAGCAUCACCGUUAGCAACCGUAGGGGAGAAGCCACAGUGACGGAUGACUCAGAGAGGGCCGCUGAUGAAAUCCAGCAUCAGGAUUUUGAAACUGCAGUGGGUAGCCUCUCAGACGUGGAGCCCAACCAGGUAGACAUCUACGCUUCCACGCCCUCUUAUGAAAUCCAUUUUGUCGGCGGGAGAGAUUGGCUCGGUCGGACACACAGAGCAGAUGACCCGAAAGGAGAGGAGGGCAUGCUGAGCAUGGUGUCGGGCCUGCUGGGGAGAUCUGAGGGAAACGAGGAAGGCGAGGCGGACGCGUACAUGCCCGCCUGGGCCGAGAAACUGCAGGGACCAAUCCCCGACUCUCCCUGGCGCCUGGACUUCUCAAACAUUGCGGCAGAGAGCGAAGCCCAACAGGUGGCUUUUGGUGCAUCACAGGACCUGCAUGCCGCCAUGGCUUUCAUGGCAGCCUACCCCUACAGCCUCCUCGUACCUGAAAGCACCUGCACCUGGGACUGGCAGGACAACUACACUACGUUGGACUCAACCAAGGUUUCAGAACUGAACCCAAACGCCAAAGUAUGGGCCAAUCGCAUGCUUAAUCUGAACCCUGCCGAGACCACAGAGUCCAGUGUCCUCAAAACAUGGGGGGAGGGCCCAGACAGCUCCGUAGACCUCUGUCCAGAAGGAUGCAACGCCAAAGAUGAUGGAGAGGGGAGGAGGGAGGAGCCGCUGUCUCCUGCCCCGGAUCAGCCACCCCCAGCAGUGUCCACAGAGCCACCAGAUGUGAGCGCCACUGCCCACGAGUGUUUGGACACCGCCUACGUAGUCAUGGACACCCCACCUGGAUCAGAGUCUGGUCAGACGGGUGGAGGAGACUCGCAACCCCCUGACCUACAGGAGGACCUUCGGGAACACCUGAAAACGACCCUGGAGUUUUGCCUGUCCCGGGAAAAUCUUGCCAGCGACAUGUACCUCAUCUCUCAGAUGGACAGCGACCAGUACGUGCCAAUCACCACGGUGGCGAACCUGGACCACGUCAAAAAACUCAGCACUGACAUGGACUUAAUCGUGAACGUCUUAAGGUCGUUGCCUUUGGUACAAGUGGAUGAAAAGGGUGAGAAGGUGAGACCGAACCAGAACCGCUGCAUCGUCAUCCUGAGAGAAGUUCCAGAGUCCACUCCCAUAGAGGAGGUGGAAGCUCUCUUCAAAGGAGAGAACCUGCCCAAAUUCAUCAACUGUGAGUUUGCUUACAAUGACAACUGGUUCAUCACAUUUGAGUCUGAAGCAGAUGCACAGCAGGCCUACCGAUAUCUCAGAGAAGAAGUGAAAACGUUUCAAGGGAAAUCUAUCAAGGCCAGGAUAAAAGCAAAGGCAAUCGCCAUCAACACUUUCCUGCCAAAGAACGGGUACCGGCAGGCGGAUAUGAACGCCAGCAUAAACGCGACGGCCCAGCAGCGCUACACAUCGUUCUACAUGCCCCCCGUGUACAGUGCCCAGCAGCAGUACCCCCUCUACAGCCUCAUCAGCCCCCACACCUGGACCACCACGCAUAGCUUCUUGGACCCAGCUCUGGUAACUGCAUUUCCCAGUGCUGGAUUCAUAAACGGGUUUCCCUCGUCUCCUGGUUUUAAGCCUGCCACAUCUCCUCUGACCAUCCGGCAGUACUCCCCCAGGAACAGGAACCACAGUAAGACUCCCCUGCAGCCCACUUUACCUAAUGUGGACCGCAGCUCUGGGCUCCUGGAAAGCCCCGCCAUCUUCAACUUCCCAGAACGUGUUCUGAAUGGGGUGCGUGGGCCCCAGACCCGGCCCCCAGGCCAGAGCAGGACAAGGUUACCCAACACAAUGGCUUACACCAGGCGGGACAGUGGGACGACAGGACGGUUGGAGCCAAUCAAUGCUGACUUCUCACCUAGCAUGGGCAGGGGAAGGAAAAACAUUUAUGGGUAUAGAAAGAAGAGGGAGGACAAGUUUACAAGGGCGCCCGUGCAGUCGCCCCCCCUUCCUCCCACCCAGAAGCCCCCCUCUCCGAGCUUCGAACUGGGCCUGUCCAGCUUCCCCCCUCUGCCUGGCGCUGCUGGCCAGCUCAAGACCGAUGACAUUAGCGAGAGCCAACUGUCCAGCAUCGUCGUAGGAACCGCGAAGGACAAGGGAGCUGGGAAUGUGAACUUGGACCCCAGCACCAACUGCGCUCCUUCAGGGAUCCCCAAAGAGCCGCCCCCGACUGUUACCACCCCAGCCCUCCACCGACUAGAGGGCCCCUCCUCUCCACCCUGCUCCCCUGAGGAGCCGAAGGUCCCAGCAGAGGCCAAUCGGAAGGAGACUCAGCCCCCUAUGGAGCGAAUACCUGCAGCCGUCGUCGCCACCAGUAAACCAGUCCAGGUCAACGGGGCACCUGUGGAGGUUCGGAAACCCAGCUACGCAGAGAUCUGCCAGAGGCUCGGUAAAGACGGGCCUGUGGUGCAGCCGGCAAGAGACGCCAGGCCGACUGCUGCCGCACCGACCGAUACCCCAGCCGGAGAGAGGGCGGAGCCCAAGUACCCAGGCUGGCCCAGGGAAUCCAAGAGACCGGCGGGGGCAGGGCGGCGGACCUCCCCGCCCCCCGACCGUCCUAACAGUGACCUGGGCACCCACCCCAAAUCUCCACGAUAACCUGCGAGGCUGCGUGAAACCCAGAGAAUGUGAGGGCUAAUCGACACACCCCACCCACCCCACCCCAAGGUCAACCUCGUCAGCACAGAGGGCACCGCCCAGGAUACAGCCUUGCAAAACAAGAGCACUUUUAGCAUGUAGAGCACAGUCAUUAUUUUACUUAUUUAUUUAAGGCCCCCCUCUGUUUGGCUUCAUGUAGUGUUAUCUGGAGCUUUCUCUGGUUGUGGUAGCAGUGGUAUGUAUGAAUCAACUGGUCCACUGGCUGAGGAAAACCCCCUCCAGAAACAGCUAAGCCAGAAAUAGAGCUCACAGAGUUAACAAAGCACACUUGCUGGGAAUGGAAUUGGAUCAACCCCUCAUUUUUAUUUUAUUUUAAUUGUUUUGUUUUGAGUUGCUCUUUGAAACAGGCUGUUGAUUAUUCCUGAGAAGGCCAUAUGUUUUACUUCAGAUUUUGUAUUAAAAUUCAAAUCGUGGAGCCAAGCUGGCUGACAUGAUUGAAAGGUUUUUUGCCCCCCCCCCCCCACCGCUUUCCUUGUUACACAAGUCUUGACCGGCUGUAGAACCUAUGGCCAUCCGUAAGUGACCAGCACAUGAUGUAUAGUUUCAUGAGGCAGGUGGAAGGUGGGGGCCGGCAGCAUCAGAGGAAGACCUCUGUGUAUACCACAGCAAAUCCCAAAUCUUGCCCUGCACAGCGAUGAUUGACUGCUACUUGGUAUCCACAUCUAAAGGCAAAGCCAGGAUGAAGAGGUAUCUGGAAGAGCCUGUCUGGAGUGUUUUUUGUUAAUCUGGUACUCUCAGGCCACUUGAAGCAUGGAAUCUACAUGGGAUGACACUGGCACCUUUAGGUUCACAAAGCACUGUAAUGAAAUUGAAUCCCUGAAAUGAAUCUAUAUAGUGAAGUUAAAGGGAACCAAACUUGUGGACCGUGCCAGUUUUAACCUUUUUUUUUUGUUGUUGCAUGCUACAGGUGAUUGGUAUUGGCCGGAGUCCAAUAUCUACCCUGUUUACCUGUGUGUAUAUGGCUCCCUUCAGCUUUAAGAUCUAGUACUGGCCACCUCUCGCACCACACUUUACCCCUCAGGAGUAUUAAAUAUGCUGUCUGGUGACUGUAAAGGGUUGGAAUGAUUGUUGUGGCUGCUUAGACUGUGUGGACGUUUUCAGAUCUGGAUCCAGCCAAAGGGUCAGUUGGAAGUCAAUUCCGGAAUCAUGUCCACAUCCUGAAGUGUCGUCGUUGCAGUUUUUGGCUGGAGGAGCUUUCACGUUCUUUGUCAUUCAUCCUUAAUUUGAUUGCUGAAGAAGACUGAGGGAUCCAUCUUGUCUUGUAGGCGAACUGCCUCCUGUUGCACUGCUUUGGUUCAACCUCAAUGGGGCACUUUUUUUUUUUCUUCGUAGUGCACAUUUACAGGCAUGUAGUUAGAAUGCCAACAGUGUAAGAUAUGAGGUCUUUCUCAAAGCCGUAUGAAAACCUCUGUGUGCAGGAGAAAGGUUUGGUUCAAGUAAUCGGCUCCAAGUGCUUACUUGCCAGCGCAGUCACCUUGUGCGGUUGGCUCAAGUGUGCUGUCGUGCACAGACGUUUCUUUUUUUAAUUGGUGGCGUGGGGCAUUGCUCAAAGGUGUAAGACAUUAAGUGAGAUGGGUUUCUUCCAGAAGGGUGGGGGUCCUUCCUCCCUUCAGUAGUUCUGAUAAUGUUGGGUGUCGGUACGGCUGAAUGGUGGAGUCUGAACCUUCCCUUUGCUUUGCAUUUCAGGUUAGUCUCUGCUCUUCCUCCUGCCUGUAGUUAUCCAGGUCUCCCUCACUCACUCUGAAUUAAUAGUGAGCCCUGGUUCCAUGGACUAUUUGGCUAAGUGCCUAGAUUGCAAGAACGGAUUCCCUUCUGUAACAUCGAAUCGGGGCAGAUAUUUUGUUCUCCAAGCGUUACACGAUUGAUCUCAUUUUUCUUUUGGAAUAAUUUAAGGAUUGAAAAGUACUGCAGUGCACUUGGUUUGGCAGUCUGAUUCAAAUACUGAUUUUAUUUGAACCCUCCCUCCAUAAUGGUGUUAUCUGAACCAUGCACUGCAUGAGCUCAAUAAAAAAUGCUGUUUAUUCCAAAAAAAAAAGAAGGUAUUAUUUAAACAAGCGUUUUUUUUUUUUGUUUGGUUUUUUUUGUUUAGUUUUUUUUUUAAAAACCUCUAUGGAUAUACAAAUACAUCUUUUUCAUCCAGCAUUUGAAAACUUGAAUUUUAUUUAAACUUGAAAAUGACUUUGCCUUAACUUUUAUAUAAGACAGCUUAGUUUUUUGCUUUUCAACUCCCAAAAGGGUUACCAAGAGUGACAUAGUACACAUGGGCAUGUCUACUGUCACUGGUCUUACUUGGUCUAAAAAAAAAGUACAAGUAUAGCAGAAAAUGACGUUUUUGUAAUAUAAUACAAGAAAAGCUUUUGACUUUUUGUUUUCACUUUUGUUUUAGUUUGUUUUGGGGAAAAACAAUUCCUGUAAAUGCAAAUAGUCAAUACUGUAUUAAAUAUGUGCACUUGGAAGUGUGUGCUUUUGCUUGUACAGUUGUAAAUAAUCAGAAAAAAAUAUAAGAGAUACCUUAAAAUGAACUAAAAAAAUAUUGAUCUCAUUGAAAAUAAAUAUUAAUGUUGCUGUUGAGCUGGAUGUAGAUUAAAACCUAAAUGUUGUGGUUUGAUUUUCUUUAUUUGGUGUGUUGAGUAGUCUACCAUUACAUUGUGAUGUGCGCAACAGGAGGUUUGAUUGUAAUUUUAAAACGUGUUAAUGUCUCAUUCCAUUGUAAUAUCAGAACGCAAGACCUGGCUCGUGGUGGCAGAUGGCUCAGUGGAUAAAUUUUUCGAUUAAACUGUCCUAAGGUUUACCUUAAAUUCCCAUAAAAUAUUUACUUUCGGUCUUAACAGAAAACAGACGUUCUACUUUACUCUCAAUUUAGCGUGGUUAAAAAUAAAAGGGGAAAAGGUCAUUCCCACAAAAUUUAUUGUGAACUAUAAGUAUGUUGAUCACUUUUAAUCCACGUCAGCGUGAACACUUGUUUCAGAAUGGAAAUGGUUUUCUGAUUGUCUGCAUUACGUACAACUUUUAAUUUCACUUGGGACUUAACGCAGCUUCGCAGUAAAGAUGGACAACUGCUUUCCAUCUUAGCAUUUGCAAUUUGGCAGUUGACAAAACCAGUUCAACAGUAACUACAUUGUUGUCAGUUAUGGCAGGCAAUGGCUACAGUCGGGUUCAAAUUCCUUACAUGCAGGUCAUCAACCGGUAUGUUUUCCUUGGUUUAUCAAGUCAGAAAUUGCUGUUGUGUUGAAUGUUUAUGUAUGCCAAUCUGUUGUCCUGAAAGUGUCAGUACAGGAAGUAUGGAUUUUAAUACUUUUUGCAUUCAAAUCAUGCUUCACACUUGGUUGGUGUCUGUAGGGUUAAUUAAUCUCACGGGAAAACAAAAAUAAAGCUAACAAAUAAAUAUAGUUUUCAAAACGACAUGAACAAUGAUUCAUUUAUGAAAGAUAUCAUUGUCAUAAGAUAUUGCUAAAAAGUAAAAUGGACUGUAGGAAGGAGGUGGGAAUAGUUUGGCCGAACGAUGCUACUUAAGUCUGAAAGGGUUGUUUCCCAAUAAAGCAUUGUGCUAUAUGCCUUUUUUUUUAUUUUAUUGACGGUUCUAUUUUACGACCAUUAUCUGUUUACCACAUAUCAAGCGAAUCUCCACCAUCCCGGUUAAUUUGCCUGGUCCAAUUAUUUGAUAAGUUGGCACCACCAUGCAUUUUCGUGGGGGUAAGCUCGUAAAUUUACCAUGAUUAAGAAAGUUACGCUGUGUUAAAAUUCACCAGCGGAAUGUACUGAUGCGUAGCCUACCGGACUGUCUGUACCAAGAUACUGUAUUUUAAAGUUGUUUUUAACUGUAACGUCACACUUACUGCAGUGGACAAUUGGCAAUUCCCGUUAACUGCAGUAACCGUUGUUGAUGAAUGUCUUAACCAGGGCUUUUUUUCAUCAAGACUGGAAUCAAGAGUACAUGUCAGCUAUUAAUAAUUUACGUUUCUCUUGUGUCGGGAUGUAAACAGUCUACUUUGGAAAAACAUGUAGCUUACUGAAAGAAAUAAAGAUUUAGGCACUG